AUGAUGAAAUUCAGUUUGCGCAUCAUUCUCAUAUUCAAUGUUUGGCGCUUGUGCCCCGCAGUGCAGUUAUUACCGAGCAUGGGAUAUUUUAUUGUGAUACAGCAGUUGGAAUGUGUGGUCAACUCAGAGUACAUUUCAAAAGUCAGCUGCGAUGUGAAUACUCCGCGUAAUAGAAGCGUCGAUGCCGAGCUGGUCCUCAUGCAGAAUUUGAAAGUCUUAAUGGGCACUAUAAAGGUAUCAAUACCGGACCCAAAGAAAAAAAUAUUUCAGAAGAUAUUUGACAUCACAUUUGAGUUAUGCAAUGUUUUUCGAGAACGUAAGAAAAAGACACUGAUCGAUAUUCUCUCAAGAAUGGCGCAAUUGGAAAACAAAACUUUGCAAUGUCCCCUUGUUAAGGGACAUUAUCGAGUCCGGAAUUCAUCAAUAGUCGAGUCCUUGCCGCCAGUUCUCAAGGAAUCCCCAUUUAUUCUAAAUUUGAACUGGUUUAUGCCGCCUGCGGAUCAUGUAAUGAAUAUCACAGUCCUGGGUCGUUUAUUUGAUAUCGGAAAAGAGCAAAAAAAUUAA